AACCCACAAUAUUAACAGCAAAGUGUCUAAUCUCAAUGCUAGAUCAGGUGUCUACUGCUGCUCCUCCUACAGUGAUGCUCAAGCUGAAGAGAUCCACUGCUUUGUGUCUGAGGGUGGUGGGCUGCUGAUGGCAGGUCAAGCAUGGUGGUGGUCCGGCAAUAACCGUCAACAAGACCCAACUGCAUGGUACCCUGGGAACAGAAUCCUCAAUCGAUUUGGGAUCAGCAUACUGCAGUACACUGUUGAGCAGAAACUCUACAAGGCUCCCAGUGUAGACAAAGCUUUGAAGUGUCCUCACUUCCGCAAAGAGCUCUCUGAAAUGAUAAGCCAUGUGAAGAACCAUAGAUCUCUGCGGGGUUUCAAGUCAUCAAUGAGUCAUUUCUCUAGAAACUGUACUUCCUACCUAAACAUGAAGGCUCAUUACAGUCCCAUGUACACUGGGGUUUUGGAGGAGUUAACUUCAGUUGUCACAGGGAGCAGUGUUUUUAAAGUUAGUCCAGAGUUUCCCGUGAGAAGUGAGACAGAAAAGAUCAUACUGCAUCUUGCUAAUACCAUAUAUGAACUGAAUCCAGGACAACUGACCACAAGCAUUCUGAGACCGUAUGUUUCCACUCAUACUACAACCAUUACCAUUGAUGGCAGCAAUAAAGGUGCAAAAUUAUGGAGAAGCACAGGCCUUUAUGUGUCUCCAGGGACACAAGUAACAAUUUGUGUGCCACCAGGUGUCUCUGGGAAAGGCCUGCAAGUGCAGAUUGGCUGCCACACUGAUGACCUGAGUAGCCUGAAAGAGCUGAAACGGGCACCAGUGGUCACUAAGUGCUUCCCAGUUGAAGCAGAGAGGGUGAAUGUGUCCAGCCUCUGGGGAGGACUCCUGUACCUCAUUGUGCCCCCAAACAGCCAGCUUGGCAGCUUGGACAUAGUUGUGGAGAACGCAGUCAAGGCCCCCUAUUUCAAACUGGGACUGAGCAAAGUUUCCAGCUGGCAGUCCAGUGAGCGCUCUAAUCCUGCCCCAUGGGCAGAGCUGGAGGCUGACAGCAUCAUCUUGACAGUGCCUUCAAGUGAUGUGCGACACCUGGACGACCCCAUACCAUUACUGACCCUCUGGAACAGCAUCAUGGAGGGGGUCUCCAAACUGGCUGCUGGCCCCUCCCCUUUUCCACGCCCCGAGCGCAUCGUCGCAGAUGUUCAGAUAUCUGCAGGAUGGAUGCAUGCAGGGUACCCUGUUAUGCUUCAUCUGGAAUCUGUGAAAGAAAUAGCCCAGCUUACGUACAUGAGAUCUGAAGGCAUGUGGGGUCCCAUCCAUGAGCUGGGACACAACCAGCAGAGGAAGAUGUGGGAAUUCCCUCCACAUACCACAGAAGCCACCAAUAACCUGUGGUCUGUCUACAUUCAUGAGACAGUAUUAAACAUCCCCAGAUACAAAGCACAUCCUGCUCUCAAGCCAGAAGCUCGUAAAGUGACGAUAAAAGAGUAUGUUGUGGGUGGAGCAAACUUAAAAGACUGGACAGUCUGGACAUGUUUGGAGACCUACUUGCAGCUUCAGGAAGGCUUUGGUUGGGACGCUUUCAUCCAGGUCUUCUCUGACUACAAGGUGAUGCCCCACAGUGAGAUGAAGAAGGAGGAGAAGAUGAACCUGUGGGCGGAAAAAUUUUCUCAGAAGGUGAAGAAAAACCUGGUGCCUUUCUUUAAGGCCUGGGGCUGGCCCAUCGAGGACCAGGUGGCCAAGAAAGUAUCAUCUUUACCAAAAUGGGACAACAAUCCCAUGAUAAGUUACCUUUAAGUUCUAGUGACAACCAUUCCGUUUUUCAUUUAGUGUUUAAUGAAUCCAUUAGGUGGUUUAAAAUUACAUUAUAUCCAGACUCAUGUGACAGACAAUGAAGAUUAUGGAAACCCUGUAGGGCAAAACACACCAGCAAAUAUGAAAACAUGCCACCAAUAUAAAAACAAGCCAGCAAAUACAGAAACACACUAAAAAAAUAAGAAAACAUGUCAGCAAAUACAAAAGCAUGCUGUUAAAUAAAAUACAUCAGCACAUAAGAAAACACACCAUGAAAUACAAAAAUACAUCAGUAAAUAACAAAAUACACCAGCAAAUAAGAAAACAUGCCAGCUAAUAUGAAAACAUACCAGCGAAUGGGAAAACAUACCAGGAAAUGGGAAAAUGCUACAACAUUCGCAGAACUGAAAUCAUAAAGGGUAUGUACCUCCUGAUCGUCACGUGCUUGUGAAUGAUUGGACAGGGAGCCUGUCAAUUGGCAUCCCAUUGUCUUAUAGGAGUAGGCAUCUUUAAGUACUAGCAUUGGGUUGCACCAGGUAAGCGUAAGUUCGAUCAUAAAGUUGGGUGUAAAGUGUAGCUUAAAUCAUAUGUUGAAGCUAGCUAGUUUUAAACUAGCACCAUGUUCUUUGUCAGUUGCACUACUGCCACUUAAGUUACAUCAUAGAUAGUAGCUACUAAAUAAAAAUCUUGUCGCACAGAAUGAUGUUUUGACCUUGGACAGCCAAUCAGUAUCAUUAUCUGAUAUUACUGUAACCAACUCACUGCUCCACAUGUUUGUUGAGUUUGGAUGAUACAUACAGUAGCUACUGAUUUGUUUUCUCUGUAUUUGCAAGUAGUAUUUCAACCACAGCUGUAAUAAAACUAGUAAUGCACCAUAAGAACUGUGUUCACUGGGUAGCUUACUAAAUAUAGUUAGGGAUGCAACGUAUCACAAAACUCACUGUUCGGCUUGUAUCAUGGUAUUUGAGUCAUGGACCGGACCAUUUAAUGAAUUAGCAAAAAAAGGAGACAAAUUUAACUUUGCUUUCCAAUUAUUACUCAAACAACUUAAAGAAAACUCAAAGCAAAGAACUUGUAACACAUGCCCCUUUAACAUGAACACACAACUGUAUUGUCUGUAUGAGUUCAUUGUAACUCUGCCUCAGAACUUAUUUUUCUUGUGAUCUUAACAUAGCCAAAGUUGUUCUCUUGAAAUCACAAAAGAAAAGUUAUCUUGGGAAAAUACAAGUUGUAAUUACAAACGCGAACAGCAUUUGUCAAGAGAAAGUUUAUAUUAUGAUUUAGUCAUACAUUAUAGCUUAACGUGGCGCAACUUAUUAUUACUUAGUAGUUUGUAAACUCGAACACAGGGGCAGUUUACGUCCACCAUAGACUACGGUCAAACUUACGCUUAAAAGGUGAAACCCAAUGCAUUAACCUUGUAAGUCUCCAUAUCCAUGCAGAAAGAGUGAUCAAUAUUCAAUCCUGCAUGGUACUUUACCUGUGGAAAUGUUAAAUAUAAAAGCGGGAGACAAAGAGGUUCAAGUAAACAAAAUAGUGAGAAUAUGGUGUGUCAGUCUGUUGUUCCAUUUGAAUGAGAAUUUUCUGGAACUUGAAAAAUAAAGCAGCGAGGACUGACAAAUAAUGACCACUUCAUUCGUGAUCUCGGUUGGAAGUUUGUUUCAUAUUGUGCCUUUAAAUACAGGUCAGUGAGAAAUAUCUUAAAUCACGAUCCCUUUAUUUACAUGCAUCAUAUGAACUGUAAGUGAAAUUCUUGUGCCACAGUUACAGGAGAAGAAACAGGUGUAUGAGGGCCAAUAGGACAAAAUAGUAUAAACAGCAGUGCAAUAACAGAUGCGAUAUGAAGUGCAAUAUAAGAUAUGAAUAUGAAGAGUGGAACAAUAAAUAUAUUCAGCAUGCCUCAGUUUGUGCAGGCUAGGCAAAGUGCAAAGCCCACUGAUAAAAGUGCAAAUAUGUAAACAGUACACCCAAAUGCGUGAACUUCUCUAUCAAGGAAAGAGGUUCUUCUGGGAGUAGCGGCUGUUCUCUAGGAGUGGUGGAUUUGAUGAGUAAUUAUAAGAGCACAACAACAAAUAAAUCGAUCUGCAAUUUACCUAUAAAACACAUUGACCUAUGUGCGAUCAGACGAGAUUUGUUGUAAUGAUAACGAAAACAGGCACAGCACCGUAACAUUAACCUUAUAGCCCAGAACAAAGUAAUUGCUUGCACAUGUCUGGUUGUACAUAUCAUUUAAUGGCAUUACAUGAUAAAAUUAAGAUAAUGAUUAUAUAUAAUAAUAAAUGAUGAGUAAGCAAGUGAUUUAUACUUAUAUGUGAAUACACCAAAAUAUUUCGUCCACUUCAGAGUCACCCAUGACAUUUACAGCAAGAGGCUCACAUUCAUCUAAGUCUUUCGAUUGCAAUGUGUAUAGUCACAUCUAAUGACACUUGUUUUCUCUUUGAAUCUUUUGCUUGCAUCUGCUACCUAAAGAAGCACCAUUUGAUUAACUGGUUAUGGCUUGUUGGCUGAUUUACAGGCUCCCUGUCCAAUCAGUAACAAGCAUGUGAUGAUCAGUAGGUAUAUGCCCUUUCUGUCUUCAGUGCUGCUAAUUUUGAAGUGUUUUCAUAUUUGCUGCUGUGUUUUCCCAUUUGCUGGCAUAUUUUCAUAUUUACUGGAGUGUUUUCUCAUGUGCUGGUGUGUUUUUGUACUUGCUGGCGUGUUUUGUCCUUCAGGACUUCUAUAGUAGUUAGCUCCAUUUAUGGGUACAUUCCCAACAAAGGACCAAAUUACAGAGUAAUGCAUGUUUUUCUGUGACACUGUAUCUGUCUGGAAUGGGUAAUGGGUGGUUUUUAUGAUAAUAACUGCUUUGUACCCAGUUUAAAAAGCAACUGCGGCAGGGACUGUUUAGACCUCACUGAAAGUGAUGACAUGUAAACUAUAGAAGUAGGUGCUUGCUUCAAAACAGUGUGGGACACAUAAAAUUAUUAAGAGUGAAAAUGAAUAUAAUAGGGAGACAUCGAGCUCUGACACUUCACUGUCAUCCACUGUGUAGUCUUAGAUUUAUUAUUGCAACCAUAGAAUUGCCUUGUAACCAUAUCUUUGCAUGUUACAUUUUUGUCUAAUAAUUAUCAAAGUAGUACACAGGUUUCCUAAUCCUGGAAUGUUACUGUAAACACAAGUUCCCAGGUCUCCUAAUGCACACUUUGAGAAAUCCAAUAUCAGUGCUGUAUGUGUUGUCCCAGUAAUUUCAUUAAAAGCCUGUAAAAAAACUAAAA